CCAACCACUCGUUCACUCUUCUCGUCUCCGAUGGAAACCCUAGCUCAAACCCUAGUUUCUUUUCCUCAUUCUCGCCCUCCAUGGCUCCAUUCAUGCCGCUCCAGAGUUUGCCCAUGGCUUUGCGCUUCCGUUCCGAAGUGGAUGCGAGCAGAAAGGCAGAUUGAUGAUGUGGAAUUUGCAAAAUACAUACAUGUUUUGUGUCGAGAAAGAAAACCUGAUUCUGCACUUCAACUUGUUUCAGACAUGAAGCAUGAAGGUCUUAUGCCUGGUUGUGACUCCCUCUCAGCUUUGUUGCUAUGCUGUGCACAAAAUAAUUGUUUUGCACAAGCCCAGGCUUUGUGGGAUGAGAUUAUAAAUAGCUCUCUUGUACCAAGCUUUGAGACGGUUUCAGGGCUGAUUGAUGCAUACGCACGGAUGGAACGAUUUGAAGAGAUCAAUAGAGUUCUUCGUGAAACUGCAUCUAGGGGCUUUAGCUUCUGUCCUGAUAUUUACUCACUGGCUAUCUCUUGCUUUGGGAAAUCUGGCCGGGUUGGAAUGAUGGAGGCAACCAUAAAAGAGAUGGUUUCAAGAGGUUUCAAGGUUGAUUCUGCAGCUGGAAAUGCUUUUGUGAAGUACUAUAGCAUGUUUGGUUCACUUGCUGAGAUGGAAACUGCAUACGGUCAGUUGAAGAGAUCAAGAAUCCUUAUAGAGGAAGAGGCUAUUAGGGCAGUGUCAUCUGCUUACAUACGUGAGAGGAAAUUCUAUAGAUUAGGUGAAUUUCUGAGAGAUGUUGGUCUUCGUCGGAGGAAUGCUGGGAAUCUCCUGUGGAAUCUGCUUUUGCUCUCUUAUGCUGCCAAUUUUAAAAUGAAAAGCCUGCAAAGAGAAUUUAUACGAAUGGUGGAUGCUGGAUUUCAGCCUGACCUUACUACGUUCAAUAUACGGGCUUUGGCAUUUUCAAAAAUGUCCAUGUUCUGGGAUCUUCAUAUUAGCAUUGAGCACAUGAAACAUGAGAAGGUAACUCCUGAUCUUGUGACAUUUGGUUGCAUCGUGGAUGCAUACCUAGAUAGAAGGCUUGGAAGGAAUUUAUCGUUUGCUUUGAAUAAAAUGGAUGUUGAGAGCUUCCCACUGAUAUCAACUGACUUUAUGGUGUUUGAAGUCAUGGGGAAGGGGGAUUUCCAUUCCAGCUCAGAGGCUCUUCUAGAGUCCAUGAGAAUUAGAGAAUGGACAUACUCAAAAUUGAUUGCUAUUUAUCUGAAGAAGAAGUACAGAAGUAAUCAAAUUUUUUGGAACUAUUGAGGAAAGUUAUCCAACAUCAUUUUAUGGUAAAUUUUGCUUUGAAGGAAACAAGUGGCCUGUUCUUAUGACAACUGCCUUGUACAUAGAACUUCAAACGUAGUUUAUAGAAAAGUUGAUUAUUUCUACAGCCUUCAGCCUUUCUCUCUUAGGAAAUGUUGGUAAGAGUACAAUAAAUUACAGAUGCAACCUACUAAUGUUAUCAUGGCCAGUAACCUGAAAAAAUAGGAGGCUGAUACCGCACAACCAUAGCAAUUCUCCUCGGCAUAAUUCAUUCCAUGAUAUUGUAAACCUUUUUAAAAAUCGAGGCCAGGUUAUGUGCUAAUGUAUUGAAAGUUUGAAACUUUUUUUAUUUUUGUACAUGAAUGUCUGUUGUGCUUAUAAUAAAUUGGUUGAAAUUUCAUUUUAA